GGUGCUGCGCGGCUGCUGUGGACUCCUCCUAAAGCAGUGCGUGUCGCUUUAAGUGAGCCGGCUGCCGGGUGAGAGUCAGUCGGAGCUGCACAUGGUCCUCUCAGGAGAAGCGCAGACCCCUUCUUAAAGGGCCCCGAGCAGACAUGCACUACAAGCCGCUGUGCCUGCCCCUGCUGCUCUCCUUCCUGCACUCCUUCGUCCACGCUCUGGACCCUUAUGACCUGCUCUAUGCUGAUGGGAUAGACGCCUACUACAGGAAUGACUUCCACCAGGUGGUUCACUACAUGGAGCUGGCUCUCAGCAGCUUCUCCCAGUGCAGGCUGACUAAGAUCAGCUGCACGCUGGGCUGUGCGCAGAGGUUCCCCUUCCAGCUCACCUCCACCCUCUGGGACCUACACUUUGCCACUGCCGUGCUCCAGCGGGCAGCCUGUGUGCGGCAGUGCGAGGAGGGCAUCCUGGGGGCACCGUCCAGGCACAGAGUCAGCGAGGACAUCAAGAGCGAGUUCUACAGGAGGAUUCCCUACAACUUCCUGCAGAGGGCGUACUUCAAGUUAAAUCAACUGGAUAAGGCUGCUGAAGCUGCUCAUACUUUCUUCAUGGCUAACCCAGAGCAUAUGGAAGUACAACAAAAUUUAAAGAACUAUCAAGUCAAAUCAGAUAUGCCAUUGAUCGACAGGGAGAGACGUGUAUAUAUGGAUGAAUACCAGACAGGUAUAAAGCUAUAUGACCAAGAGCAAUACGAGCAAGCUAUCUAUCAUUUUGAAGAGGCACUGAAAGGAUAUUAUCGAGCUGACGUCGAAUGCAGAGCAAUGUGUUGGGGACCACAAAAAUUUUAUGAAUAUGAAUAUGUGGACUACAGAGCAACACUAUAUGAAGGCAUUGCAGAUCACUAUAUUCAGAUUCUGAUUUGUGAGCAUGAAUGUGUAAGAGAGCUCUCCACGCGUCCUGCACGUUUGUCACCCAUUGAGAACUUCCUUCCUUUGCACUAUGACUUCCUGCAGUUCAGCUACUAUAGAGUUGGAGAUCACUUGAAAGCUCUAGAAUGUGCCAAGUCCUACCUACUCUUCCAUCCUGAUGACUUGGAUGUGUCUGACAAUGUCAGCUUUUAUGAAAGCCUUAUAAGUGACCAUAUGGAUCCAGCUGAUGUCAGACCUAGAAAGGAAGCAGCAGAAUUUGUAAAGCGUCAUAGACUGGAAGCUGAAAUCCUCCACUCCGCUGCUGAAGCUCUAGGAUUCAGAUACAAUGAACCAGACUUCUGGAUUACUGGAGGAGAUCGGCAAGAUGAAAACCGCGUUCCGUCUGGAUCUAAACUAAUGGAUGUCACUGGGCUCCUAUCGGGGAAAAAGGCUGUCCAGAAGAUUGACAGAGAGCUGAGAGAGGGAGGACCCCUGGUUUACGAUGGAGUAAAACUUGUGCACACUUCUGAGUAUCUUAAUGGUACUCAGAGAGUCCAGCUGGAUAAUGUUAUAACACCGGAGGAAUGUGAAGAGCUUCACAGAGUUGCCAAUACAAUAACUCUUGCUGGAGAUGGAUACAGAGGAAAAACAUCACCUCAUACGCCAAAUGAGAAAUUUGAAGGAGCCACCGUUUUAAAGGCAUUAACGUUUGGUUAUGAGGGUCGUGUACCAAUGAAAAGUGCUCGCUUGUUUUACGAUGUGAGUGAAAAGGCUCGUCAUAUCGUGCAGUCAUACUUCAUGCUGAAUAGUACACUGUACUUCUCCUACACACACCUAGUGUGCAGGACCGCUCUACAUGGCCAGCAGGACAAUAGGAAUGAUCUGAGCCACCCAAUUCAUGCAGACAACUGUUUGCUAGACCCUGAAGCCAAUGAAUGUUGGAAGGAGUCUCCAGCAUACACUUACAGAGACUACAGUGCACUUCUGUAUCUAAAUGGGGAUUUUGAUGGUGGUGAAUUUGUGUUUACUGAAAUGGAUGCCAAGACUGUCACAGCAUCCAUAAAGCCUAAAUGUGGUCGCUUGGUUGGAUUUUCUUCAGGAGGAGAGAAUCCUCAUGGAGUUAAGGCUGUAACCAAAGGACAGAGAUGUGCUGUCGCUCUCUGGUUCACGCUAGACCCAAUGUACAGAGAACUGGAACGGCUACAGGCAGAUGAGGUCAUACGAUCACUAGACCAGGAGCGUAAAGGAAGGAGUGAAGAACUGAAUAUUAAUCCAAAGGAUGAGUUAUAACCAGGAAUAUUUAAUAAGAAAGUAUUUAUUGUUGAUAAUCUUAUUAGAACGGUUUUAUUUUUGUACAAAGCAUAAAAUAUAAUUUAAAUAAUGAAAGAAAAGAAGCUUUGAAAUAAAACAACCCUUAAAGAGUCCUAUAUAUUUAUAUCCAUAUACUGUAUUGUUUCUGUUCUCUGGAAUUUACUACUGAGCAUUGCACUGUAUUGCUGUCACCAGACUGUUGUUAGUAUGAAUUCCAUGACAAAUACCUUUGUUCUCUCCACCUACAUGUUCUGCUACUGGCAGGGCCUCCUAUCAUGGUCAGUGUCUAUUACUUGUUGCACUUAUUCAGCAGCAUUGUAUUUAUUUCUCUAUAAAGUAUUAAGAAUAUAUUUAUUUUGUACUAUAGUGAAAAGAAAAUGUCUCUGUCAAAAGCCAAGUAAUAUUGAUUAUUGGAUGUUCACUACCUAGAAAAAUAAUAUUUUGCCAAUUGGCCUCUUUCCUGAAUUACAUUGGCAAAUCCACAAUGAAAAUAAAAUAAACUCAUCUUCUCUACA